ACAGUAUACGUCGCGUUUGCGUCAUCACAUCUUGAACAGCGCUCAAACUGGGAGGACGUGCGAUGAAAGUGUGCAGUGCUUAAUUAGAAACAUUCUAUAUUUUUUUUUCAAAUGUUUCUAAUAUCGAAAUUAUAAAGUACAAAGUUAUUAGGAUAAGGUUCCUCAUAGAGGCGCCGCCAUCAUGGCGUCGGACGAACAAUUUUCAUUAUGUUGGAACAAUUUCCACGCGAAUAUGUCAGCAGGCUUUCAUGGCCUGCUGUCGCGUGGAGAUUUGGUAGAUGUAACGUUGGCUGCCGAAGGCAGGUUAUUACAGGCACACAAAUUAGUUUUAUCAGUAUGUUCUCCCUAUUUUCAAGAAAUGUUCAAAAUGAACCCAACUCAACAUCCCAUAGUAUUUUUAAAAGAUGUUAGUCAUUCUGCGUUAAGAGACUUAUUACAGUUUAUGUACCAAGGUGAAGUUAAUGUUAAGCAAGAAGAAUUAGCGUCGUUUAUUAGUACCGCGGAACAGCUUCAAGUGAAAGGUUUAACCGGUAAUCAAAAUGAAGAAAGUUCCACGCCAUCCAAACCAAAGCCGACAUCGAGGCCAGGCCCGAGGUCGUCACAACAAAGGCAAUCUGUUAUGAAGUUAGAGACUGAUUUAGAUUCUAAGCCCUCCUCAACUCCAGUAGCAAUUAAGAGACCAAAUAGGCCAUCAAUAGCAUCAAAUAAUUCAUCAUCCUCACAAAGUGGACCUGCGAAACGAAAAUGCGUGGACCCCUUAGAAGCCGGCCCUUCUGGAUCUGCGAAAGAAGAAUUCGUAACGAUACCGGACGAGGAUGAAAACAACGCUGUGGCACCCAAAAUGGAACCCGAAUUUGUUAAUGAAAGUAUGUGGGAUGACGACGAAGACGGCGCGAAUAAUGAUGAAACAAACUUCGGUGAAGAUGACUCUAAUAUGGAAAUGACUGGCUUUGAUGGUUCAGCAACUGGGGAUGGCAAUUUAACUGGUGCGGGUGGGGAAGGUGGAGCUGUAGGCGACGCACAAGUUCUAUUCGGAAUGUCGCAGAAGGGUAAUCCGGUGGUGAUGAUUGGAAAGUACAGAUUCAAACGGACGUCUGGUUACGGAGUCAAGUCUUGGUGGCAUUGUAUUAAGAGGUCUUCAAGAGGGUGCAUGGCUAGUGUCAGAUUGACUUUCGAUCAAAUUGAACGGUACAAUUUUGUACAUAACCAUUAAUGUAAUUAUGUGAUUUACCAGAAGAUGACUUUGUACAAAAGUCGACUACUUGGCUACCUAAUUGUUUAUACCGCUAUACAGGAGACCUACCAUGAAAUGUUUUCCGAAAUUUCGGGGCCGAACGCAAUAUAAAUUUGAUGUUAAAAUUACGUAUUAUAAUAUAUUAAGUGUUAAAAUAUUGUUCCUUCAGACUUUUAUGGUGGGAUUUAGGAUGAACGAAAUUUUAAGCUCUAUUUACUGUGCCGAUUUUCAUAUGAGCAAAACCAUGAAAUUGAAUCUGAAUAUUCAGAAUUUAAUUUCAUGGUAGCUGUGCUUGCAUGGCUGUGUUUAGGUUUGAACUGUGGGAUAUGGCAGUGAAAUUACAGGGUAUAUAGGCAUAACCUCUUAAUCCUCAGGAAUAGUAUCAAUAGGGUACCAUUACCUUUAAUGCGUUAGUAGCGUAGGGUAAGGAUAAUGGAAGCCUAUGGAGGCUUCACAGUAUAUUCUGUGAUGCCCAAUGUGCUGUUCAUAUUAGUUAGCCGAGAGUUACUAUUUUCUAUCAGGUGGACCGUCUGCUCGUUUGUCAUUCAAUGUUAUAUAAAAAAUAUAUCAAAAUAGUAGAAUUGUUCUAUACACCUGGUUUAGUAAAAACUGACAACAACUACUCACUAUAGAGCAUUCAAUACAUAUGAUAUACAAAUUAGUACCUUAAUUUCGUUGCUUAUAAUAACUAGGUUUUUAACAUUGUUUCAUUUUAAGCAUUCUGCAGAAAAAAUAUCAAAUAUAUCGUCAUAGUCGUAGAAUACUGACGGAUCUGACGAAGAUUACAUAUAAAGAUCCGUCAGUAUUCUACGACUAUGACGAUAUACUUAAAAUACAUUUCUUGAGAUGUAGAUGUUUAGUAUACAUAAAAUCGAGUCUUUCUUCAAAUCUCAUGAUUGCGUCAUAGUGGAAAUUGCAUAGUAGAUUUUUAAUUGGAUGCAUUCGUCGUUCUAUUACUUCAUAAUGUAUUUAUGAUAUGAGAUAUAUGAGUCUAACAUGCAAUUAUAAAAACUUCAAAUCUUGCGGUUUUUUGUUGUCUAUGUGAAAAUACAGCAAAGUUAGCACCGUUUUAUCUUAUGUUGUAAAACAGCAACAUCUUUAUUGUUUGGUUUCUAGUAUAAGGUAACCAAUUCAAUUGCUACUUACUUCUUCUAAGAAGUGACUAUGAUCGAGUACAUCCCUGGACGUCAUAGUAUAUUAUUUGGUGUUUUCGAAUUUAUGUCUGUAAACAAUAGUAGAGUUUGACGCUUCCAAACAUUAUAAUAUUUAUUAUACAUUAAGAUUUUACGUAAUUCUUGUAUGUUUUUUAAGCGGUGGUAGACUUUAACGGAUUUAUUUAUUAGACUUAGAUUUUAUAUCAAUAUUUGUAUUACUCUGCAUUUUUUAUUAAUAUAGUUUUCUAAGGGCUUUUUAUUAAUAUUACAUUUACACAUUAUACCGUAUUUAGAUAUAUUAGUUGUAUCAUACUCUGAAGUAAUUAUUCAAAUGGACUUCAAACUAUUUAUUUACAUUAUUUAGGUGCGAAAGAGAGGGAUUAAUGUACGCCAAUAAUAUAGAGACAUAAUAAAAAAAUUAACUCAGCUAAUAUAUUUUUGGGUAAAAUAAUUUUCAUCCAGCGAACCCUUAAUUUCGUUCUAUAAAUUUAGUUUAUUUUCCUAUUUUUACGGCCAUGUACAUGAGAAUGUUAUUAAUCAUUGUUGCCUCAUUAUAUUUGGCAGGUCUAAUUAUAUAAUUUUAUAUAAUUUUUGUGGAAUUUAUGGAAAUGUUAACAUGGUUUUGUUACAUAUUUUCUAUUAUGUUUCAUAUCUUUAUCUCACAUUCAUUGCUAAGGAAAACGGGCUGUUGAAGUGUGACGGUAUAGGCGUUGAUGUGCCUUAGUGUAAAAGUAUUAUGUUUACAUUGAAUGAUUAAAAAAAGUCGUCAAAUAAAUUUAAAAUAUCGUUAGACUUGGCCAGUUUAAAUUAUUAAUAUUUAAUUCACUUAUAUUAAUUAUAAUUUUAUAAACGUUGGUAUAGAAUGUGUGUGAAUUUAUUACGAUAAACAUUAUUCUCGCUCUAUUUUAAUUUUAAAUAAUAUUUUAAAUUAGAAAAAUAUGUUUUGAAUAAAUCAAUGACUGAUUAAACAAGUCUUAAAAAUUACAUAAAAUAAAAAUUAUAAGUAAUCUAAAAGCUUUUUACCCAGUGAGUUAGUGAUGAUCAAAAUGUAUUCUAGUAGGGAUUCGAGACAAAUCUUGUUGGUUUUUAAUAUGCCUUGGUUUCAGUGGUUUUUAUGUGAAAAUACAGCAAAAUUAGCACCGUCUUGUCUAAUGCUGUAAAACAGUAACGUCGCUGUGUUUUGGUUUCUAGGAUAAGGUAACCAAUUCAAUAGCUACUUCUUCUAAGAAGCGAUUAUGCUCGAGUAGAGCCGAAUAGUACAUUUAUUUGCUGUUUUCUAGUUAUUAAAAAUAUGUUUUGAUAUUAAUCCUGGUUUUGAAUUAACGUAUGAGAAAAUUUUUAUUUAGUCGAUACCUCUACGAAAAAUUCAGUUUUUUUUUAAUUAGCCGGUGUUCGAUUUAAAACUCAGUAGUUUCAAGUGCGUUUCUAUUUUAAACCAAAGCUUGGCUAAUCGAUUACAAUGUUUAAUUUUGAUUCUAAAUAUCGUAAAUAUUUAAUAUAAUUGAUGUGUGAGACUGAACUAUGUUCCUGUCUUGGUGGGUUAGAAUACGACGAAAGGUGGGCAAGUAAAGAUGAAAUAAAAUAUACUACUAAUGGCAAAAAUUGGUAUUAUUACUGACAACAAUCAGGUAUAGUAUAGUAUAUCAAUUAUUUUUAGUGAUUUAUAUGUAGCUAUGUUUAUUGGUGAGAACAAUAGUAUUUUAAUGUUUGAAGCGAGUCUCGCUGAAUUUUAUAAUCUCAGUGUUUUCAAGAGAAGUACGUUAAGGCAUAUUUUUGGCAGGCUCAUUUUUAAUUGCAUCCAGAGGGAUUAUUAGAUAAACAAGCUUUUGCUUCGGAUAAAACAGUUUUUGAUUGUAUUUUAAUGGAAUAACUAUUGUUCAGUCAGGCUCGCACUCGCAUCAUAGCCGCUCAUGACUAAAGGCUUGAAUUGUCCUGAAACUAGUCGAGUUUUCUCGACUAAAAUACACAUUAAAUCGGUAAUUAUUACAUUAAAAUAUAAUGUGUACUUACAAAACUUUUACCAAUAAAGUCUUGAAUCGAUCGAAAAAUUUUCUAUAUUUUUUGUGGUUGAAUUAUGCGAUUCGUCAAUAUUGGGCAGAUUUUUGCUAUUUUUUUUGUAAUCGAUAAGAUUUAUCUCCCUUGUCGUUUCAUUUUCAACCGACAUCAAAAGUUAAGGUCGUUCUCAAGUCGGUUGUAUUUUGUAUGUUUGUUGUCUCAUAUCUCCUGUAUAUACACAUGAUUUAACGUUUAUAAUUAAAAUAUUGUUUUCAAUGUGUGUUUCAAUUUCUGAAGGAGGUAACUUUUUUGCGGAGCAAAAUGUCUUUGUGUGGCAAAUAUACACGGCCUGUAUAAUUUUGUUUUUAUGUCAGUAUUUAUUAGAUAUUGAUAUGAUCUUGAAUAUUUUUUUUUUAUGUGAGACAGAAUAUUAGUUUGUACUGUAUUUUUAUUUUAAGAACAUAAGAAGGUAUACGCGCGAUAAACUUUUACUAAUAAGUGGCAAUUAGUUUGCCAUUUACAGUAAAAAAUAUCAGUUUUCGAAUACGUAGAUUCAUAUUAAGUAUAUACUAUUAUACUGUUUAGGGAUAUUGUUUAAAUAUACACAUAUUGUUUAAACAUACUAUUAACGUAUACGUUUUAAAGUUGGCAACAGACUAGCAAUCCUGGUUGAGAGAUAGGUACACAUUUACAAUUAUAUCCCACAUUAGUGAUGUACCCACAAACAUCGCAACUAUGGUAUAUAUUAUAUAUACUAUAGUAAGUACAUAAUUGAAUAUUCCAAAAGUUUUCUACGUGUUAUAAAAAUAAAUAAAUCGUAUAUAGAAAUCAAAUUUUGUCUAUGUAAAAUCCUUUUUUUUUUAUACAACUUAGAAUGGCAAACAAGCUGACGACCCACCUGAUGGAAAGUGGUAACCGUCGCCUAUAGACAUGAGCAGUACCAUGGACAUAACAGAGAAUACUGUUUCACCCAUGAUACCCUCCAUGCGUUGCCAUUCCUGAGGACGCAGGUGUUAUUCCUCGGUACCCAGUAAAUUCACGCCAUAUCCCACCCUUCAAACCGAAACACAGCCAUGUAAACACAACUGCUUCACGGUUGAAACACGAAUAGAACAGAGGUACUCAAGCAAUCGACUUUUGUACAAAGUCUCCCUUUCCACAAUUCCAGAGCACGUCUCUUAACAUUUCUAAAAGUAUUGGGACCUUUGGUGUCGACAUCUCUAGUGACGUACAGUUCCGUGGCCACUUCGAAGAUAAGGUGAAACUGGCAUCCUAAAACUCGGUGUGCUUAAUAGAACCAAGCAUUACUUUACGCCGGAUCAACGAUUAAUGCUCUACAAAUCGGAAAUCCGGCCCCAAAUGGAGUAUUGCUGUCACUUAUGGGCGGGAGCACCUAGAUGCCAGCUUGAACCAUUCGACUCAGUGCAACGACGAGCUAUGAGAAUUGUCGAUGAUCCCAGACUUACAAGCGGUAUAGAAUCCUUAAGUCUUAAGAGCCUUAAUUUUGCCUCAGUCUGUGGGUUCUACCGCUUGUACAAGGGAUUGUGCUCAGAGGAUUUGUUCAAUAUGAUGCCUACGGCCACUUUCUACCAUCGUACGGCUCGCCACAGAUAGGGAGUUCACCCUGACAUCCUCCAGCCUAGAUGGUCGCGUACAACGCUGUUUCAGAGACGUUUUCUUCCAUAAAUACUCAGGUUAUGGAAUGAGCUUCCUGCAACGCAAUGGUAACGCGCGCGUAAUACCCCUUUUAUUGCAGGCGUUCAUAGGCUACGGUAACCGCUUACCAUCAGAUGGGCCGUAUGCUUGGUUCCACCUCAUUGGUAUAAAAAAAAAAUUAAAGUUUCUGUUUACGAUUAUGGAACAUAUUUGUACAUUUUCCCUAUAAUCAUUCACAUUACAUUUGAAAAUAUCAUCAGAUUAACGUCAACGCGGAACCAAUCGUGGUUAUUUCUUGAAGGAGUUAUUACGAUGGAUUAUUUGACUUGACUUCAUUCUCAUCUUUAUUUUCUCGUUAGUAGCAGAGUGCUAGCGUAUAAUGAUAGCGUAGGCGGGAUUACCAUUUCACUUUUAUAUUUAAAAACUCUGCAUAUCGAGCUGUCAGUAGGUUACAUAUUUAGCCUAAUAUUACAUAUGUAGGUAUCUUCAUACAUAUAUUCAUACAUACAAAUAAGUUUUUAUCGACAUAGUAUUAAUAUGUAUUACUAAGCAAAAAAUCUUUUUUAUAUUAUAGAGAUAAAAGAGUUACUCUUCAAUUUGUUGAAAUAAUAGAAGUGCCUUUUAAAUAUAUAAAAUAUAAGGCUAAAUUAAUGUAGUUGUAUUUGAUUGAUAUAGUUUUGUAAUAUCAUUAUAAUUUCUGUUUAUACUUAUAAUAUUUUAUACUUGAUGGUUUUUGUAAAUUAAUGUUUUUACAAUAUUUGAAAAUUGUUUCAACUUUGGUAUUAUGUUUUGGACUGUACUUUUAAUUAUGUAAUUUACAUUGUAUCUGAUAGUAAUUUUUGUGAAACGAAAAUUGCGCUAUGUAUUCUAAUUGUAACUAUUUCAUAUAGAUUAAAUAAUAAAAGCUAAUAUGUGUCUGUUUAUAAUUUUAA